AUGGCCACUAACGGCUAUUUGAAGAAUUCUCAAGCAAAUGGCAAUGGGGAUGUCAGGAUGAACGGUCACUAUGGGAAAAUAGAGGAGGUCAGAAAUACUAAGCAUACGCGUCGGCACAAGCGGACGCUCAAAGCCUCCAUCGUCAGCAUAUUUGCGAGGUUACUAUUGUGGUACACCAUCAUCACCACUGCUUUCCGAUGUCCUGUUUCUUUGGUGAAGCUCACGGACACUUCUCCUCAAAUCUGCAAACCUUACAUCCAGCUACGAUCAUACCUUACGCCCUACGUGGAGCCAUACUAUGAUACUUAUCUCGCACACCAUGUCGAUACAGCGCGCCCCUAUGUCGAUACAUUCAACCAAAAGCUUUACACCCCAGCUGCUAUCUUCACCCAACAUAAUUACCACAUAUACGGCGCGCCUCGCGUCCAGCAACUCCAAUCAUACACACAGAGAGAAUGGGAUAGGACUGUCAAACCUCAACUUGAUGUCGCGAGAUCCAAGGCAAUCGAUCAGUAUAACGCGUAUCUUCAACCUCAUGUUGGCACAUUGACAGAUUCUGUCAGGCCGUAUUAUGACGACAUUAGAGAUAUUGCCAUAGAGCAAUACUACUCGACUCUCCUUCCAAGCUACAAUCUUGUGCUGCCCUACGUACAGCAGGGAUAUGCCUUUGGUCAUCUUUACACUACCAAUAUCAUAAUCCCUUAUGUACGUUGGUCUGAGGCCACUGUCCGAGGAUUUCUGACACGUAUCAUCUGGCCUAGACUUCGUGUUCUAUAUGGCGACAGUGUUGAGCCACAACUAAUGCGAAUAAGCGAGAGACUAGGGCGGUAUAAAGAUGGCAAAAGCCUCGAAGCUGCAGUUGAUGCCGUGGAUAGGUUAGCAAACCUUGAUGUUCAGCCCACAUAUACAGUUACUGACAGGUACAGCUCACCAACUGCCCCAGCCUCUAGCUCUGAGUCUAUAGUCUCUUGGGUAGCACAAUCAGUUACAGUAGCAGACGAGACUGUUGCACCUUCUUCCACCGCUAGUUCGGAAAAGGCCAGCUAUGAUCCUGAAGAGACCAAAGAGAAGAUCGCAAAUGAUCUCCGUAAAUGGCAAGAGAAGUUCGCUACUGCCGCGGAUAAGGGCUCCGAUGAUCUGGAAGAACGUGUGAGCGAGAUAACUGCAGCACAGAUCGAUCGUCAAGCGAAUGGAGUUGGUCGCGCUUUGGUGAUCGAGCUUGAAGAGACUUCAACUUCAGCACUCAAAGCUGUGAAAUCUAGGAUCAUUCAUAUUGUUCAGGAUGUCCCGCAGGAUCCAACCGAAGCCCUCCUCGAGUCUGCGUUGGAUGAAGCCAUCGAAGCCAUUCGAUCUGCCGGAGCUAUUGUCAAAACAAAGGCGAUGAAUGUUAGAAAUUGGAAGCAAAAGUACGAUGAGGAGACAUAUAGCUUAGUACAUGCGGCCGCAGACUCCACUCUUGAUGUCAUCGAUAACAUCCGCGACCUUGGUCUACAGGAGAUUGGUAUGCGGUGGGCAUGGAUGGAUGGUGUUACAUACAAGGAUUGGCAAAAAUAUCACCAACUCAAAAAAACUUGGGACGAAUGGCGGAACGAGGUACAAGCUAGAGCCUUCGAGCACGCAGGUCUACAAGAAGCUAAAUCUCAAGGUCAAAAACAAGAGGAUGAUGCGAUGGAGGUGGCGAGAGACGCUGCUUUUGAACUCGCACGCCUGAAGAAAGUUGCGAAGUGGAAGCUAUGGGCGGAAGAUUCCACCGAUGAUUUUAGUGACAAUAAGGUCCCCGAGCGCGUCUUCAGGGCUGCUAAGAGCAUUGAAAGUAAGCUGAGCGAGGCAAGCGAAGUUAUCUUAGGCACUCAACAAGGUUCUAUCGAGUCCGUGUCCUCGAAGGCCUCCGAAAGCAUCGCCAAUAUGUCUUCUCGUCUGUCCUCCGCGGUUGUGGGCACAAAUACUGAUACACCCGAAAGGGUUGCGUCCGAAGCUUCCAAAGCUAUCGUUGCUUCUAACGGCAGCAUCAAGAGUCUCUCCUCAAUAAUUAGCAAAAGUGUGGAGAGUGGUGUCUCAGCAGCCAUUUCGAGCGCAGAGAGUGUCGCCUCAAUCGCCAGUGAGCAGGGACAUGGGGCUGUUAUGGGGGUGUCCUCAGUGUUAGUGCCGCUGCACGAUGCAGUCGAAAGCAUGCACUCCGGUGCCAGUGAUAAGGCUUCCAGCGUCGAGGCGAAGGUAUUAUCCGCUGUCGGUGGUACUCGAGAUCCCGUCAAUAGCGCUGCCUCUAUGGCUAGUGAGAAAGUCACAAGUGUGGCAGCCAAAGCUUCACCCGCCAUCGUUGGAUCAGAAGAGCCGAUCGACAGCGUUAAAUCCGUGGUCGGCAAUAAGGCACACAGCGUGGUCUCCAAGGCAUCAUCAGCCGUGGCAGGCUCUCAGGAUACAGUGGAAAGUAUUUCUUCGGCUGCAGCAGACGUCAUCUCUCAAGCCUCUUCGGCCGUCGUUGGGUCACAGGGAACUGCAGAGAGCAUGACCUCUGUGGCCAGUGAGUAUGCCCAAGGAGUAGUCUCUGCAGCUCACAAGAAAAUUGAAGAUGCAACUGAGGCUAUCAAAGGCCACCCCCCGCCUGCUGCCUCGCAAGCAUCCUCGAGUUUAAACUCCAUAAGUGCUGCAGUAUCCGAAGCCAUUGACAAUCCGAAGAAGGUUUGGGGUGGUGCAGCGGCACAGAAAGUUAGCGCCAGGACUCCCAUACUAGACGACCUUUUCGAUGAUGAAGAUGAAAGUUAUUCUGAUAAGAUCCAUAGACUUGUCAGCGACGCCGGAUAUCGUGCAUCUGAUAUCACAAAAGCCAUUAACGAGGUGCUGGGUGGAGCUACCAUGACCCAAGGAUCAGUAGAGUCUGCCACUUCUAUCGCAAGGGAGCAAUACGAAAAGGCAUUCUCGGCAGUCUCCAGUGCACUCUACGGAGCUCCUCAGGGGCCAGGUGAAAGCCUCUCCAGUAUAGCAUCAGAGAACUAUGCUGCGGCGGUCACUGCGGCGUCUUACGCAAUUUAUGGUACACCGACUCCUAUCCUGUCAUCCCUCUCUUCUCAGGCGGAAGCUUCUUACAGCGCCGCUCUCAAAGCCGCCCAGGCGGAGUAUGAGAAGGCAAGCAGCGCCAUAUCAUCGCAGAUUGGAAAGGCUACAAAAACCAAACCAGUUCACGAAGAGAUGUUAUUAUCGGCCGAGCGAGUGUACUCUGGCUCGAUUGCAGCCGCAAGCCAGAAAUGGCAGGCUGUAUUGAAAGCGGUAGUGCCAACUCAAGCGCCUCUGGAAUCUGUGUCAUCAUUGGCCGCCUCCAGGCUAUCAGAAGGACUUAGCAUUGCUUCCGCACAGUACACAAGUGCCAAGAUCGCCGCCGGGCUUCAGCCAACCCCGGCAACACAGCAUUACCUUGAUGAAGCACGCAAGAGGUAUUAUGAAGGUAUUGGCAUGGCCCACGCACGCUACUCGGAAUUCUUGGAGGAAGCGUCCAGUGCCGUGUACGGCACACCGACCCCUGCUUACGAGAGUGUGCUGUCUGCUGCGCAGAGCCAAUAUUCAGCCGCUAUCGACGUGGCCUCGUCUAAUUUACAAAGCGCUGGCGAUGCUGUUGAUGCCACUUCUCGUUUCAAUGAAGCUUAUGCUGCCGCAACUGCUGCAUUGUUUGGAGCAUCCGCAAAGGCCAGCGAGGCUAUCUAUGGCUCUCCACAGGGCGCUGUUGAAUCUUUUGUAUCGCAGAUUUCACAGAAAGCCGACUCCAUCGCUUCCGUUGCUAGCUCUACUGUGAUCGGAACCCAGACGCCGUGGACAGAAUCAGUUGCAUCUCAAGCUUCACAAAACUGGGAAUCGCUUGUCGCCCGAGCCAGCGAGCAAGUCUAUGGGCAGCCCACACCAUUUACACAAUCUCUUUACAAUCAAGCCGGUGAAUAUGGUGCACAGGCUACGGAGGCUGCCGCUGCGCAAUAUGCAUCAAUUCAAGCCCUGUUAUCCGAGCUUGUGAUCGGAAAAGAAGCAGAUUUCACCGAGAGCGUGUAUGCUCGCUUUAGCUCCGCCUACCAUACUGAUGUCCCAGGUGUGAUAUCUCAGGCUUCAUCGUAUGCCUCUGUGGCUUACGACUCCGCUUCUUCUGUGGUCUCCUCUGUUUUUACCCCUCCGCCAGCAGUCGAAGCCAUCAUCGACCAGGCUAACGACCAACUUAAUGCUGCCGUUGAUGCUUUAAGCGUACAGAUCUACGGUACCGAGAAAAAUUAUCUAGAGAAGGCUACUGACGCAGCUGGCUCUGCAUACGCCGCUGCUCAAACACAGGCCAGUGAGGCUAUCUACGGCACCGAAGCCGCAUACGUCGAGAAAGCUCAGGCAUCAUUCGCUGAUGUCGCCGCAUCCGCUCAAUCUGCCAUUUCUAUAGCUAUCUACGGCACUCCCACGGGUGCUGUCGAAUCUGCCACCAAUGCCGCAGGUGCAGCUUAUGAAUCAGUUCAAUCUGUCGUCAACGAGAACAUUAAGCAAGCUGGGGAAGUCGCGGGAGACUCGUACGAGGCUGCUCGCGCCAAGAUCAGCUCAGCUAUCUACGGCCCUGAGGUAGGCGCUAUUGAAAGUGCACAGAAUCGUGUAGCUACUGCCGUUGAGUCAGCUCGUGCGAGGCUCGACGAACUUGCGAAAGCGGGUGGGGAACAAGCGCAGAAGGCGCGCGAGAGUGUUGUGGAAAUGGUCUCGAGCGUCGCUGAAGCAGCCGCAGGUGUCACGGGACGAGUGAAGGAUGAGUUGUAA